UUCUUUGGCAGUACAAGUAAAUGUUUUAGAUUUUUAGCAAUCAAUCAAUUUAUAUUUAAUUGAUAGAUUUAUUGCCAGAAACAAAUCGAGAUCAGAGAAGUCAGCAGAGGACUAAUUACAGAGAAAGAGACUAACAUUAUUUGGUUAAAUAAUGUACUAACCAGGCUAUUCUACCGAUAUUUUAAAGAAGCUGACACCUUUACUUUGCACUAAUUUCAGGAUGCGACAUAUAAUAACAUCACGAUACUACUGCAAAAAAAUCACGCCUGGCAGUCGUUAUGUCAAGCCACUUACCGGUGUUAAAGAAUUUUUGGUACAGAAGUGUUUUGCUUUUGUUCAAGGAUAUGAGAAAAUACUUGAAACAAAAUUUCCUCAAGCCUUUAAAAUUUAUCAGGUUUUUUCUGUUGGGACCAAAACUUUGUACAGUGAUAUAAAAGAAUAUAUAAGAAUUUCAUCAUCAUUAAGUGAAGGCAAAUCAGUGAGAGACUUGCACAGAAAAGAACUUGAAGUUUAUUUUCAGGUUCCUAAAGAUCUGAAAAAAGUUGCACCCGUUUUAUUACUUGCUGCACUCCCAUUUGCUAACUAUGUGAUUUUACCUGUGAUAUAUUUAUUUCCAAGACAGACCCUUUCAUCUCAUUUCUGGAGCUUACAGCAAAAAUUAGAUUUUGCAAUUACGUAUCAACGUAAAAAACUUUAUAAUUAUAGACCUGUAUUUCGACAUUUGCAAGCGCAAGUUAAUAACAUCAAAGACAUAAAUCUCAAGGAGAAUUGUCAAGCUUUGUUUUAUAAGUUAGGCAGUGGUGUACACCCAACAACAGACGAAAUUGUAAGCCUAAAACCAUUGUUUGUAAAUAAGCCUUAUGGAAUUUUCUCAAUGUCUAGAAAACAUUUACACAGUUUAUGUCGUAUGCAUAGAAUCUCUGCUUUGCCUGGUUUACAAUGGCGGUUAUGGAAACAUGCUGGUUUCAUUCGUGAAAUGGAUUUGGCUAUAUCAAGGGAAGGUUUUGAUGACAUGACUUUACAUGAUCUGAAACACGCUUGCUUUUUGAGAGGGUUAUGCUCGGUUGGAUUAACUAGAGAGGAAAUGAUCUCAUUUCUUUCACAUUGGAUAUAUAUAGCUGAAAACACUGAAAGUGCAAGUCUUUCUCUGCUGCUACAUUGUCCAAUAUUUUUGUCUUACAAUGCUCCCAGCAACUGGGUUCUUAUUCAUUAAAUAGUGAAAAUCAUUACUAGUCAUUAGAAUAAUCAUUUGUAAAUAUGCAUUGAAAAAUUUAGCAUUUAUAAUAAACGUUGAAAUUUUGUUUGA